UUUCCGGUCAACUGGUCAAGAAAUGAAUGCCCAGGGUCUAUGGUAAAAUGAUAAAGUAAGAGGAGGCACAUAGAAGCAGACAGACAGAUCGGGGAGGGGCCUGGGUGGCAACGAACGUAAUGUUCCAUUAUCGUUACAAAAAGACUUUGUGUGUCCAGACAGGUUGUGUAUCCGGAUAAUUGAUUUAAAACAGCAAUUUUGUUUGAUGAAUAAUUUUCGUUAAAUCCGAAAGCAAAAGAAAAGGCUUUAAGUUUGUUAAGUGUCCGGACACCCAGCCACCCAGCAUAUAAUAUAUUACUUUGUCAAAAAUAAUCCGUUUUAUUUUCUAGAUAUGGAGAUUCGUCUGAUGUAUGGCAUGAAUUCAGCUGAAGGAGCUGUUGUUAUGUACAAGGACAAUCGCUGGUGGCCGAUCUGUGGCGAAUCGUGGACACACACGGAAGCUAAGAUUGUUUGUAAACAAUUAGGCUUCCCCUAUCCCUAUGCCGAAUCACAUUCUCUUCCAGCUUAUAUUGACAUGAAUGUAAGUCGAGGGAUGAAUUGGUUGGAUGGAUUCCAAUGCGGUGGCCAUGAGUCUCAGUUAAAAUGGUGCAGGUAUGCAGGAUGGGGUUACUGUACCAGCAGGUUAGCUGCAGGUGUGACGUGUCAUAGGCCUACAGUUUCAGAAAGCAGUAUAUUCGAAUCGAAUUAUCUAUGGCCGCUUGCUAUGGUGAUGUUCGGUGGUUUCACGAUCUUCGUUUGUUACAAAAAAGCACGUGAGCAACAUAAUAUGCAGACAACAACUCUACAUCAACAUACCUUAAGCCUUGAAGAAUCUGAUGAUGAGAAUCCUCCUGAAACGGGAAACCAAGUCUACCCCGACUCGGUGAUCCAUCAUCAUAACGCUGCAUUCAAUGGCGGGAACUUGAAGACCACCUACACAACACGACCGCUAUCCAGGACCUACAAGGGCACCUAUCCAUGGCCGAUGUGCAAGGGGAAUCUUCUAACUUGA